UAUGACGUCACUGGGGUCUUUCCUCGUGCGGCUCCGUGAGGGUCAUGCAGUCGGGCUGAUCUCUGCUGUUAUUAUUAUUAUUAUUAUUAUUUGAUAUCGUGUCUCUCGUCAUGAUGGGCGGCAGCAGCAGCAGGAUCGCGGCUGGUUUGGGCGCGGCGCUGUUCGUCGGUUACUGCAUUUAUUUCGACAGAAAGAGACGGAGUGACCCGAACUACAAGAACAAACUACGAGAACGAAGAAAAAAGCAGAAGGCGGUUCAGGAGACAGCUGGAUUAUCAAGGUUACCAGACCUGAAAGACGCCGAAGCCGUUCAGAAGUUCUUCCUCGAGGAGAUUCAGCUGGGAGAAGAGCUGCUGGCGCAGGGUGACUAUGAGAAAGGCGUGGAUCAUCUGACGAAUGCGAUCGCUGUGUGCGGUCAGCCGCAGCAGCUCCUGCAGGUCCUGCAGCAAACGCUUCCUCCUCCAGUCUUCCAGAUGCUCCUCACUAAACUGCCCACCAUCAGCCAGCGUAUCGUGAGCGCUCAGAGCAUCAGUGACGACGACAUCGAGUAGAAGACCUCCAGCAGCUCUGUGACAUCACUUCCUGUCUGCUUCGCAUCAGUCAAUCGCUCUGUCCCGCCCCUUUCCAUCCAGUUCUCAAACACUGAACGCACUUAUUCGGACUUAAAGAAGCGUUUGGGAUCAAACGUCAUAGAGUUUUGUUUUGAAUCUGAGCUUCUGAGUUUGUCCUGUUGAAGUUGACGUGAGUUUUAGUGUAUUUUAAUGACAGAAAACAAACC